AAUAAAAAAUUUCCAUGCCGUCCUCGAGUUGUUCAUUCCCCCAAGAUACCUGAACCAAUUCCACAAAUCGACCCAGAAGCAGGUCCAGGUCCAUCAACUCAAGCCCAUAGAGAGGGGAUAUCACAAAUCAGAGAUCCUUCAGAUUCUAAUAAGGGCGGAGCCCCAUUGCAAAGCAAUAAUGAAUCGGAAAUUACUCAGGAGGAGAUCAAUUUACUUAUUGCAUUAGGUUUAAUAGAGGAACCCGAAAUCGAAGAAUGUUGGCCCGAGUUGUGUGGUACACUUUUAGCGGAUAAGGCAAAGAGCAAAAAAUUUAGAUCAUAUUAUAGAGAUUCGGGAUUAGCAAGUAUUACAGUUAAACCACCACAAGGUGAUAUACUCUUUGAAGAGACUGAAGUUGGAGAUACUGAUAGACCGCACACAAGUUUAUCUUCAUUAAGUAAAUGGCAGGCAAUUGUACCAUCAAUAGAAAAUCCAGCAUAUACUUUUAAUAUACCCAUAGAUGACCCCCAAAAAUAUGCUGAAGCCCCAUACAUGCCACAUCUUAUGGCAUUAGCUCGAGAGCAAAUUACAAGCGUACUAAAGGCUGAACUCCGACGAAAAGAUCAAAUAAAAUCUGCAAUAGUAGUAUACUGUAAUUAUAUGAAAAUGGAAAAGAAAGAUAAAGGGGAUUAUAAAGUAGAAAUUCCAAUUUAUAGGCAAAAUUAUCACAAUGGAAAGAUGCGUGCUAUUCUUUCAGAAAAUGAUAUAGAUGAGCAUAUUACUCUUUCAGGCGGGGAAAUUGAUACAAAAAUAGAAGCGUUUUUAAACAACGGGUCAGGAUGGACACUAAUCCGAAUAGAAAUGAUGUUUAUUGAGGCUUAUACAUUACGACGAGCAGAAGGUGGAUCAUAUAUACGGACGCCAAAAAAUCUCGCAAAUAAAAAAUGUACCAUAAAUCCCGAUAAUUCUAAAACAAAGGAUGAUUUAUGUUUAAAGUAUGCCAUUGGCGCAUAUUUUGCUAAUUUUGAGGGAAUAACAAAAGACUUACAACGCCUCUCAGUAAUUCGUCCAUAUUUAAAUAGAGUUAAUUUAGACGGUAUUCCAAUGCCAACGCCGAUUUGUAAUCGUAUAUUCCAAAAAAUCGAAGCGCAAAACCCCAAUAUAUCCAUCAAUGUAUGGGAAUGGAAGAACGAAACUGCAACACCCAAAGCAGUAAUCGCAAGCAAAAAGUUCUAUAUUCCAAAUUCCUGUACAAUUGAGGGUUGUAUUCAUUCUAACCCAAUUGAGUGCCACAAAAAAAUACCGCAUGUUAUCCACUUAAUGGCGCUUAGUGAUACAACGAAGACAGAUGGUAAGUACGGGACAAAAAACCAAUUUCUUUGGAUUAAAAACCCAGAUGCCUUAGUAUUCAAGGAUACGGCACAUCAUGGCAAAAAACAUCUCUGCAAUCGAUGUUUCCUAAGCUGGUCAUCUGAAAAAUCGUUGGCAUACCAUCAGAAGUGGUGUUUUGGAUUAGGAGAAGCCCCACAAAAAGUUACGAUGCCGGAAAAAGGUAAAAACGACAUAGAAAAAUUCAAAAAUUACGCGAGAAUGAUUUACGCUCCAUGUGUAAUAACUGCAGAUUUUGAGGGGGAUAAUAAAAAGUGCGAUGAGUCAUAUGGUGGAAAUAUGCGAAAAUUUGCGGAACAAAAGGCUAACAGUUUCUGUUACACAGUUCAUUGGAUAGAUACUGGCGAAACAUGGGGCCCGUUUAUAUAUCGGGGACCGAAUGCUACACAGGAAUUUGUCAAAAGAAUCGACAAUGAAUUGGUUCGAAUUAACGAGGUAUUAGCUAUUAAGGCUGGACGUAUAGUAACCGAUGAAUAUCAGAAAAAAUUUGAUAAGGCGGAUAAAUGUUGGAUUUGUCAUAAAGAAUUAAAUGGAGGCUCGCAGAGCGAGGAUGCUUCCGCCUCUAAAGUCUGGGAUCACUGCCACAUUACCGGUGAGUUUCGAGGGGCAUCACAUAAUGACUGUAAUUUAAAACUCCAAAUUACGCCAUGGAAAACCCCAAUACCAAUAGUAUUCCAUAAUUUCCGAGGUUACGAUUCUCAUCUAAUCUGUGAAUCAGUAGGACGUUCAGUUAACGCCAAACAAAUCAAUGUUAUUGCGGAAACGUUUGAGCGGUAUAAGUCGAUGAGAGUGGGUCAAUUGCGAUAUAUCGAUAGCAUGCAAUUUAUGAACACGUCUUUAGCAAAGCUCGCAGAAAAUUUAGGUGCAGUAAAAUGUAAGGACUCAAACUGCAAACAUUUCCACCGGAUAGAUGAUAAUCGAUGUUUCGGUACUCUCGAAAAUCAUAAAAUCACAUGUCAAAUUUACAAAGAUUUAUCUCCAGAACAGAUUGCGCUGGUAUGUCGCAAAGGUGUAUAUCCAUACGAAUAUAUUGAUUCGCAUGAUAGAUUUAGUGAAACCAAACUUCCGCCAUUUCAUGAAUUUCACGGCAAGCUUAAUG